GAAGUAUUCAGUACUCAGUGGUCAGGAUACACUGUCAGCGUCAGAACAACUUUCAGAGAGGAAGCAGCGUUCUCAGAAAUGUGGGUCUCUGUAGGAGUAAUCGUAGCGGUGUUGCUCGUCACAUUAUUCCUCAAAUAUGUGUUUGGUACUUCAGGUCCGAGUCCUUUUGAUACUGACACACGCGAGCCGCCGAGGCCGGUGGAGCUGGAUAAAAAGCAGAGAAACAAAGUGCUGAAACAAGGCUUUUUGGCCAGCAGAGUCCCCCAGGACCUUGACGCCAUUGUGAUUGGCAGUGGUAUUGGUGGGCUAAGCAUCGCUGUUCUGCUCUCCAAGGUCGGAAAGAAGGUCUUGGUGCUGGAACAACAUGAUCGUGCUGGAGGAUGUUGUCACACCUUCUCAGAGAAAGGCUUUGAGUUUGACGUUGGGAUCCACUACGUUGGUAAUUUAGAAGAGAAUGGGGUGUUCCGCUGCACAGUGGAUCAGCUGACCAAUGGGCAGCUACAGUGGGAACCACUGGAAAACCCCUUUGAGCAGGUGGUCCUGGGUCCGCCGGAGAACCGGCGCGUCUACCCCAUUCACAGUGGCCGAAACCGUUUCCCCCAGGAGCUGAAGAAGCGCUUCCCAGGAGAGGAGAAGGCCAUCGAUGAGUUCAUGAGACUGGUUAAGAAAUGUGGUGAUAGCGUGUGGAUAAUGCCGCUGCUGAAGCUGCUACCGUCUCCAGUGGCUAAGUUCCUGGCUUAUACAGGGCUGGCCAAUUGCCUGUCCAACUUCAUCUCCUAUGGCCCACGCAGCCUGGCCGAGGUGGUGAACAGCCUCACGGAGAAUAAAGAACUCCGGGCUGUGCUCUGCUACAUCUUCGGAACCUACGGAAAUCCUCCAAAAGAAGCCAGUUUCUCCAUGCACAGUUUGCUGAUGUCCCAUUACCUGCCCGGUGCCUGGUACCCUAAAGGAGGUGCCAGUCAGAUCGCCUAUAACAUGAUCCCCAUCAUCGAGAAGGCAGGAGGAGCCGUGCUCGUCAGAGCAUCAGUCAACCGCAUCCUGCUCAACGCCGCCAAUGAGGCUAUAGGGGUGAGUGUGAUGAAGGGACAAGAGGAGGUCCAUGUGCACGCUCCCAUCGUGAUCUCAGAUGCAGGAAUCUUCAACACCUACCAGCAGCUACUGCCUAAAGAGGUGCAAAAUAGUGCAGCGAUCCAGAAGCAGCUGAGUAUGCUGAAGCAUGGAGAAGCCGGACUCAGCAUCUUCCUGGGUCUGAAUGGAACGAAAGACGAGCUGGGCCUCAAAGCCAGCAACUACUGGGUCUUCUGCGAGAAUAAUCUGGACGAGCUGGUAAACGACUACAUGUCAGGAGAGAGGGAGAAGUCACUGAAAAGCAUACCUCUGCUUUUCAUCGCCUCACCAUCUGCCAAAGAUCCCACCUGGGAGCAGAGAAGUCCAGGUAAGUCCACUCUGAGUGUGGUCAGCUUCACCCCCUACUCAUGGUUUGAGGAAUGGAAAGACGAGAAAGUCAAGAAUAGAGGGGCCGACUAUAAAGAACUUAAGGCGUCCAUCAUCAACUCUGUUUUGGAAGUGGUAACUGAAUUUUUCCCCAAGAUCAAGAACAGGAUUGAGUACAUGGAUGCGGGCACUCCCAUCUCUAAUCAGCACUAUUUAGCAGCUUCUAAAGGAGAGAUCUAUGGAGCUGACCACGGGGUUUCACGCUUCACUGCAGAAGUCUGUGCCACCAUCAGAGCACAAACGCCCAUCAAAAACCUCUUCCUCACAGGCCAAGACUUAAUUGCGUGUGGUUUUGCGGGGGCAAUCGCAGGAGCUAUGGUCUGCGGCUCUACUGUUCUCAAACGCAGCCUUCACAUGGACAUCAGAGCCCUUAGAAAGAAACUGAAACAUGCCAACACUAAGAAAGUCCAGUAACUGUGGCAACAUGCACUCAUCCCCAGAUGACAGGAAGACGCAUAUUACAAAUCGUUUAAGCAAGUAAACGAAUGAAAUUAUCAUCACAUAAUCACAUAAUCCUCAGUAAAUUAAUAUUUGCUCUACUGAGCCCUUUUAUUUUUUAAUAAUGCGUGACUACACUAAUGCAUUUAUAUUGAAUAUAUGUACAUGCACAUAUAUAUAUAUUAUACAUUUUAAUUUUCUGCACCUAUUCAAUCACUGAACGUGAUGAUCAGAAGAUCAAACUGAACGCAUUUAGAGUUCUUUAGCUUUCAGCACGCAUUAAUUAAUUCAACAGGAUAUUAACAAGAUGUUGUGUGUGUGUAUGUGUGAUUCCUCUGCACUGUCAAGUUUACGGUUGCUAUAAUUUUGCAAACCACCAGAAGUUACUCAUGCUUCCGUCCAUCACUAAAUUUCCAUCCAUCCAUUUUCUAUACUUUUUAUCCUACACAGGGUCCCAGGGAGCCUGGAGACUAUCCCAGGGGACUCAGGGCACAACUCCCUGGAUGGGAGUUCCCUAAUGGAGUUCCCAUGGAUAGGCUGCAGGCUUCCCAGCGACCCUGUGUAGGAUAAGCGGUACAGAAAAUUAAUGGACGGAUCACCAAAUAUUUAUCUUCUCUUGCCGACUUGGGUAUCAGGUCUGGAUGUAGAUUUUAUGUACAGGAUGGUCUCAUCUUGUAACCUGGAGCGCUUCAGUUCUUUUUACCUUACACCCUUACUACAGGAGUUCCCCAAGGUUCGGUUUUCAGUCCUCUUUUACUCACCUCAUAUAUUUAAUUAGUGGGCUCAGUGAUCGGAUCCUAUGACUACAACUUUACUUCUCUUUUUAUUCAUCCUCCACUCAAGUCUCACAGAAGAUAUCUGACUGACUUGCUGGAUUGAACCCCAUCAAAAGUUGAAAAUAAAUAGAUAAAUAAAAAUCAUCAUUAUCAAACCCAUCAUAGUCCAUCCAACGUGACCAAAUUAGAAAGUUGAUUUGGCGUUUGACUUCUCUGAUCACAUUACAUAGUACACUACCAGAUCCUUCAGUCUUCUUCACAACAUCAGAAGAAUACUGUUGGAGACUCUCUAUUAUCUAUCCCCUCAGAUAUGUAUAAGUAUGUUUAGGUUAUAGUUUAAUUUCUGUCUCAUGAACUUUUCUAGACCUGUCUGUUAAAUAUACGUGCCAGUUAAAAUGUCACCAUAGGAACUUCCUAUUUUCUGUUAAGCGAACUAUCAACAACUGGUGUACUUUCUUGUAUUGCCUAAGAUUUUUUUAACGUACGUGACCAGACAUUUUAACUGCCCUAUUAUUUCCACACAGCAGUACGCCUACCCUGGCUAUCUGUACCUCUGUAUAUGUAUAUAAACCUCUGUUAGUCUACAAAUAAAUUGGGAAGUCUCUCUGAA